CUUGAGCUGAAGCGACACAUAAGUCGAGGCAGAUCUCUAAAUUUUCUCCUCUCUUCAUCUCCUUCCAGUAAAAAGCUGACUCCAUCUCUCUUUCCACCAUUUCUUCAAUCUCUUCCUUUCUGCCUUUCUGCUUAACCUCAAAAGCUCACAAUUUUUUUCUUCCAUUUCCGAUCAAAGAACCCAAAUUUCUGAUGAAUUGACGAAAAUGAGAGUCAAAUUGUUUGCAUGUUUGGCUUUGAUGCUCUGUUCGUGCGGUUGUUCGUCGGCUGGCUUACUUUCAGAGCCGGCGGAGCCCGGAGACUCGUCGAAUACAGUUCCGGCGUUUCCCGUGGUGACGGAAAGUCAGAUUUGCCGGCUGGACUUGUCGGACGAGCUUUUCGGCGGGGUGAGCGCCGCCUGCGGGAGGAAUCUCGACCGGAGCCGAUGUUGUCCGGUGCUGGCGGCGUGGCUGUUCGCGGCGCAUGCGCGGUCGGCUCUGGAGGUGCCGGCGGCGGCUCCGCCGGCCAGCUCGGAGCUGCCGAUGAUGCCGGACGACUCCCAGAAGUGCGUGAACUCGCUGCAAAGCUCCCUGCAGAGCCGCAAUAUUCACAUUCCUCAGCCCAAUGCUUCGUGCGACGCCGUUUUGUGCUUCUGCGGCAUCCGCCUCCAUCAGAUCACCUCUCUUAGCUGCCCCGCCGCGUUUAAUAUCACCGGCGCUCGCAAUGCCACCCCCACCGCCGCCGUGAAAAACCUCGAACGUAACUGCCGUAACUCCUCCUACUCCGGCUGCACCCGCUGCCUCGGCGCCCUGCAAAAGAUCACUGGCGGGGCUAAGAACGGAACGCACAAGGCGCGAAUCGGCGACGACGACAGCGACCGAGCGGCGAAGAUGUUCCGGCGGGACUGUCAGCUGAUGGGACUGACGUGGCUGUUAGCACGGAACAAGACGGCGUACAUUCCGACGGUAUCCGCGGUGUUGCGCGCCAUUAUGUACAGCGCGCAUCCGCCGCACGAGUCCAAGUGCAGCCCCGACCAGGAGAACAUGCCGCUGGCCGUUAACUCGUUACAGUUCGAGAAAACGGAAUCGUCUUCGCCCGCGUUAACGGCGUCACCUUUUACUGUUUUCUUUCCAUUUUUGCCCCUGAUUUUCGUGAAUGUGUUUGUCAACUAGCGCCCAGUUCUGGGCGUGGAAUGGGGUUAGGUGACAAUGGAGCCCCUAUGUGGCUGACGUUGGGGGGUUUCACGUGAAGCUAGUUGACAAACGAUGGGCGGAAGGGUGAUUUUGUCAUUUUGCCACACUGUAAAAAAUCCAGAGUUCACAGUUCAAAUUUUUUGACUUGGCAUUGUAAUGGUUGCAAUAUUAUUUAGUUGUAAUUCAGUGGAGAUUGAGACAUUCUUGUCUGGUUCUAACAAAUACCAAAAAUCCAAUGAAAAUGACACCAUAUUAAGGGUUGGUGACUUUAGAA